UGUCAGGCUGAGGCUCCACUCUCCACUCCCUCUCGCUCUCCUCUCAGAUAGCACAAGCCUGGCUGCCGGAGGGACUGUGGACUGACUGUUCUCCUGGUUCUCUGGCUGUUCUCCUGGUUCUCUGACUGUUCUCCUGGUUCCUGCUCCUGGUUCCUGCUCCUGGUUCCCUGACUGUUCUCCUGGUUCCCUGACUGUUCUCCUGGUUCUCUGGCUGUUCUCCUGGUUCCUGCUCCUGGUUCUCUGACUGCUCUCCUGGUUCCCUGCCUGCUUGUUUGACUGGGUGUCUGAGGGAGGCGCUGGAAUUAUCUUCAGGACUCUACAGUGCAGGAGUGAAGUAGAGCAGAGACAGCAGAGAUGUCUCGUGUGUGUGUGGCGUGUGUGUGCUAUGUAGGAGUUCUGGUAUUGUUCUGGGUGGGCCAGGCGGAUCUCUAUCGGUACCCAGAAGAUGACUCAGAGGAUUACGAACCCAGAACCUACCGGGACAGCAGGGGAAUGGAAUGCCAUCGUUGCUGUGACACUGGAGAGGAACUCCCCCAGAACAGGAGAGUGGUGCCCCAUAUCAAUAUCACCAUCCUUAAAGGUGAGAAGGGGGAGGGUGGUGUGCGGGGCCCCUAUGGGAAGUCUGGUAGGACGGGGCACGUAGGCCCCCCCGGCCCCCCCGGGGUGAAGGGUGUUAAGGGCAGCACGGGGUCUCCUGGGGAGCCCUGCAAGGGCCACUACGCCGCCUUCUCCGUCGGACGCAAGAAGGCCCUGCACAGCAGCCACUACUACCAGACGCUGGUCUUCGACACGGAGCUCGUCAACCUCUACAACCACUUCAACAUGUUCACCGGGAAAUUCUUCUGCCACGUGCCCGGAGUCUACUUCUUCAGCCUCAACGUGCACACCUGGAACCAGAAGGAGACGUACCUGCACCUGAUGAAGAAUGAGCAGGAGGCGGCCAUCUUGUACGCGCAGCCGAGUGACCGCUCCAUCAUGCAGAGCCAGAGCCUGCUGCUGCAGCUGGCGCGUGAUGACCAGGUGUGGGUGCGCCUGUACAAGGGCGAGCGCGAGAACGCCGUCUUCAGCGACGACUUCGACACCUACGUCACCUUCAGUGGACACCUCAUCAAGGCCGAGAGCGAGGGAUAGGACACGCCCCUCACCAUGGACACAGCCAAUGGGCUGCCUUAGCCCAUGUGAUGUCACUGCCAUUUACACUGUGUAUCAUACGCAUUACUGCCUUACGGUUCAAUGACUUAUUUGAGUUUUUAAAAUCAUUACUUUAUUUCUUUGUAUUCUAUAAUGUUUAUUUAAAGAGAGUGAGAUACGUCUUUGGGAGAGGCAUGUUGGAAUAGCAGAAUCAUGAGUAUUGAACAGCAGACGUACUAAUCCCUGAUCAGGUGUAAAUCCAUUCAUUGAUUACCAGAAUCUGUCUUAUCCAAACACACACACACACACACACACACACACACUGCCCCUACUGAUCUCAUAGUUGGCCUGGGAGGCAGUCGUAUACACACACACACACAACAAACACACACACAGUGGUAUGAUGGAUGAUCUCAAGACCAGAUGUGGGCAGAUGAGGCUAGGUGUUACCCAUGCUGCAUCAGGGCCGCAUCAGGGCCAGAGUCUGAGCAGAAGGCAUGCCAGGUGAUGGGGUACAAUCUACAUCUCAACAACAAGCGACAUCCUCCAUCAGAGUGUUACGUGUUCUAAUGAACUCUGAAUCUGCACGUCUGUUUCCAGUUCAGUAAAAGGUGCUUUACUCCAUCUGCAAUAAAGGAGCUCAGGUCUCAACCUCA